AUGGCCGCACCAGAAAUCGCCGAAUGUCAAUUGAGAAGGAAAGAUACUAGUCAACCAUGGGGAUUUCGAAUGCAGGGUGGAGCCGAGUUCAACAUGCCCCUAUACAUGGCACAGGUUUCAUCAAAAGGUAUUGGUGGUAAAGCUGGUUUAAAAGCAGGUGAUGCUAUAUUAGCUAUUUGUAAGACACCUGUACAAGGGUGGACACAUGAAAGAAUGAAAGCCGAGAUGAUCCGAGCUGGUAAUGAAAUGGAUUUGACAGUCCAAAGUCGUGUCGUUCUAUAUUCCAGAAAUGUGGUCAACACACAGGCUGCUCAAGCUCACAUUCAACAAACACAUCCUGAACCAAGAUCGGAGGUUGAUGACGGUAGCAUUAACCCACACAUGAACGAAGGAUCAUCAUUUAGAAAUGUUAAACCUAAAACUUAUCAGAUAUUGGAGAGAGAAGCUCCUGGUGCCGGUACUCGAGGAGCUGGUCCAGCAUCCAUCUUUGCCAAGAAGAAAAAUGACAGAUCCCAAUAUUUACAAGCAGGUGGUCCUACCAUUCAGAAGGCUUUCGGACAGCAAUAA